GCCCGGUCCGCCCUCCGCGCCUCCGGCCGCUGUGAGAGCGGCGCCAUGGAGGGCACUGGGGUGCUGCCGUUCGUGCGAGGAGUGGACCUCAGCGGCAACGACUUCAAGGGUGGCUACUUCCCUGAGAAUGUCAAGGCUAUGACCAGCCUGCGCUGGCUGAAGCUGAACCACACUGGCCUCUGCUACCUGCCGGAGGAGCUGGCUGCCCUGCAGAAGCUGGAGCACUUGUCUGUGAGCCACAACAACCUGACCACACUUCACGGGGAGCUGUCCAGCCUGCCAUCGCUGCGGGCCAUUGUGGCUCGAGCCAACAGCCUGAAGAAUUCUGGAGUCCCUGAUGACAUCUUCAAGCUGGAUGACCUCUCAGUCCUGGACUUGAGCUACAACCAGCUGACGGAGUGCCCACGGGAGCUAGAGAAUGCCAAAAACAUGCUGGUGCUGAAUCUCAGCCACAACAGCAUUGACACGAUCCCCAACCAGCUCUUCAUCAACCUCACGGAUCUGCUCUACCUGGACCUCAGCGAGAACCGCCUGGAGAGUUUGCCGCCGCAGAUGCGCCGCCUGGUGCAGCUGCAGACGCUCGUGCUCAAUGGGAACCCGCUGCUGCACGCACAGCUGCGGCAGCUGCCAGCUAUGCUGGCCCUGCAGACGCUGCACCUGCGGAAUACACAGCGUACCCAGAACAACCUCCCCACCAGCCUGGAGGGCCUGAGCAACCUCUCAGACGUGGACCUGUCCUGCAACGACCUGGCACGGGUGCCUGAGUGCCUGUACACCCUGCCCAGCCUGCGCCGCCUCAACCUCGGCAGCAACCAGAUCACGGAGUUGUCCCUGUGCAUCGACCAGUGGACACAUGUGGAGACCUUGAACCUGUCCCGCAACCAGCUCACCUCACUGCCUUCAGCCAUUUGCAAGCUGACCAAGCUGAAGAAGCUAUACCUGAACUCCAACAAGCUGGACUUUGACGGGCUGCCCUCAGGCAUCGGCAAGCUGGCCAGCCUGGAGGAGUUCAUGGCUGCCAACAACAACCUGGAGCUGAUCCCUGAGAGCCUCUGCAGAUGCAUGAAGCUGAGGAAACUCGUCCUGAACAAGAACCGCCUGGUGACCCUCCCAGAGGCCAUCCACUUCCUGACAGAGAUUGAGGUUCUGGACGUGCGGGAGAACCCCAGCCUGGUCAUGCCACCCAAGCCCACUGACCGUGCCACUGAGUGGUACAACAUCGACUUCUCGCUGCAGAACCAGUUGCGGCUGGCGGGCGCCUCCCCGGCCACAGUGGCUGCGGCAGCAGCUGCAGGGAGUGGACCCAAGGACCCUCUGGCUCGAAAGAUGCGGCUGCGGAGGCGCAAGGACUCUGCCCAGGAUGACCAGGCCAAGCAGGUGUUGAAGGGCAUGUCAGAUGUGGCUCAGGAGAAGAAUAAAAAGCAAGAGGAGAGAACAGACACCCCAGGCCCUGGUGGGAAGGUACGGCGCUGGGACCAGGGCCUGGAGAAGCCGCGCCUCGACUACUCUGAGUUCUUCACGGAGGAUGUGGGCCAGCUGCCCGGCCUGACCAUCUGGCAGAUUGAGAACUUUGUUCCUGUGCUGGUAGAGGAGGCCUUCCAUGGCAAGUUCUAUGAGGCCGACUGCUACAUUGUGCUCAAGACCUUUCUGGAUGACAGCGGCUCCCUGAACUGGGAGAUCUACUACUGGAUCGGUGGGGAUGCCACUCUGGACAAGAAGGCUUGCUCGGCCAUUCACGCGGUCAACCUGCGCAACUACCUGGGUGCUGAGUGCCGCACCGUGCGGGAAGAGAUGGGUGACGAGAGCGAGGAGUUCCUGCAGGUGUUUGACAACGACAUCUCCUACAUUGAGGGUGGGACAGCGAGUGGCUUCUACACCGUGGAGGACACGCACUAUGUCACCAGGAUGUACCGUGUGUAUGGGAAAAAGAACAUUAAGUUGGAGCCCGUGCCACUCAAGGGGGCCUCCUUGGACCCAAGGUUUGUUUUCCUGCUGGACCGAGGGCUAGAUAUUUAUGUGUGGCGGGGGACCCAGGCCACACUGGGCAGCACCACCAAGGCCAGACUCUUUGCAGAGAAAAUGAACAAGAAUGAGCGGAAAGGGAAGGCAGAGAUCACACUGCUGGUGCAAGGUCAGGAGCCUCCAGAGUUCUGGGAGAUGCUGGGCGGGGAGCCCUCUGAGAUCAAGAGGCACGUGCCCGACGAUUUCUGGCCGCCCUCACCCAAACUGUACAAGGUGGGCCUGGGCCUGGGCUACCUGGAACUGCCGCAGAUCAACUACAGACUCUCCAUAGAGCACAAGACCAGGCCAAGGGUGGAGCUGAUGCCCGGGAUGCGGCUGCUUCAGAGCCUGCUGGACACACGCUGCGUGUACAUCCUGGACUGCUGGUCCGACGUAUUCAUCUGGCUUGGCCGCAAGUCCCCACGCCUUGUGCGGGCCGCUGCCCUCAAGCUGGGCCAGGAACUAUGCGGAAUGUUGCACCGGCCGCGCCACGCAGCUGUCAGCCGCAGCCUGGAGGGUACUGAGGCGCAGGUGUUCAAGGCCAAGUUCAAGAAUUGGGAUGAUGUGCUGACAGUGGACUAUACGCGCAACGCGGAGGCCGUCCUGCAAGGCCAGGGCCUGGCCGGCAAGGUGAAACGUGACGCUGAGAAGACCGACCAGAUGAAGGCCAACCUCACUGCGCUCUUCCUGCCCCGGCAGCCACCCAUGGCGCUGACCGAGGCUGAGCAAUUGAUGGAGGAAUGGAACGAGGAUCUGGAUGGCAUGGAAGGCUUCGUGCUCGAGGGCAAGAAGUUCGCGCGACUUCCCGAGGAGGAGUUCGGCCACUUCCACACCCAGGACUGCUAUGUCUUUCUCUGCAGGUACUGGGUGCCCGUGGAGUAUGAGGAGGAGAAGGAAGAGGAGGAGGAGGAGAAGGCCAGGGCAGAGAGCAAAGAAGAGGCCACCGUGGAGAAGCAGCCGGAGGAGGAUUUUCAGUGCAUCGUCUAUUUUUGGCAGGGCCGUGAGGCCUCCAACAUGGGCUGGCUCACCUUCACCUUCAGCUUGCAGAAGAAGUUCGAGAGCCUCUUCCCCGGAAAGCUGGAGGUGGUACGCAUGACACAGCAGCAGGAGAACCCGAAAUUCCUGUCCCAUUUCAAGAGAAAAUUCAUCAUCCAUCGGGGCAAGAGGAAGGUGGCCCGGGGCGCCCUGCAACCGAGCCUCUACCAGAUCCGCACCAACGGCAGCGCCCUCUGCACCCGGUGCAUCCAGAUCAGCACGGACUCCAGCCUCCUCAACUCAGAGUUCUGCUUCAUCCUCAAGGUUCCCUUUGAGAGUGAGGACAACCAGGGCAUCGUGUACGCAUGGGUGGGCCGGGCCUCAGACCCCGAUGAGGCCAAGCUGGCUGAGGAUAUCCUCAACACCAUGUUUGACACCUCCUACAGCAAGCAGGUCAUCAACGAAGGCGAGGAGCCCGAAAACUUCUUCUGGGUGGGCCUUGGGGCACAGAAACCUUAUGACGACAACGCGGAGUACAUGAAGUAUACUCGGCUUUUCCGGUGCUCCAAUGAGAAGGGCUUCUUUGCAGUGACUGAGAAAUGCUCAGACUUUUGCCAAGACGACCUGGCAGAUGAUGACAUCAUGCUACUAGACAACGGCCAAGAGGUCUACAUGUGGGUGGGGACUCAGACAAGCCAGGUGGAAAUAAAGCUGAGUCUGAAGGCCUGUCAGGUGUACAUCCAGCACCUGCGCUCCAAAGAGCAGGAGCAGCCUCGCCGUCUGCGCCUGGUCCGCAAGGGCAAUGAGCAGCACGCCUUCACUCGCUGCUUUCACGCCUGGAGCACCUUCCGGAAGGCCCUGGCCUAGGGCAGUCCCCACCCCCCACAACAGUGCCCUGUGACCACUGCAAGCUUUGGGUGAGGAAGAGGAAGGGGACCCUCUGCCCACCACCUGCUAGAACAGAAAAUGCACAGGUGACUGUCCCUGCACAGCCAACCCAGUGCCCCGGCCGCCAGCAGCACCUACAGGGUGACCUAACAGGUACCCUCAGGGGUCUGGGAAAUGGAGCUCCUCCCACUGUUAGCAGGUGUGUAAAGCCCUUCUCCUACCAGGGCUAAAGCAAGUGUUGCCCUUGAAGAGCUAUUAAAUGCUU